AUGCAAGCUCUUCUGUAUCUUGUCGGAUCCUUGUUGUCCGCGGUUCUCGUCGCGUCUGGAUCUCAGUACGCGAGUACUUGUAACCUGAGUCCUCUAGGUGCUGGUCAAGAUGAUACAGAUCAGGUCAUGGCAGCCAUCGAGCAGUGCGGCGACGGAGGUCUGACCGUGUUCGAGGAGGGCGAGUAUAACAUCACCAGAAAGAUGACAUGGAAUCUCACCUCUUCGCGCGUCGAGUUGCACGGAUAUCUGAGCUUCCAGCCCGAUUACGAGUAUUGGCUUCAGAACAGCAGCACUUACCGAGUCGUCUACAUUCAGUCUCAAGCGUCUUGGUUCAUCGUUACCGGAUCAGACUUCGAAAUCGACGCAUACAACACCGGCGGCAUAAACGGAAACGGGCAGCCGUGGUGGGACUACUUCACCACAGUCCCAAGGCUCGACGGAGAUGGCAGGCCUCUCGCGCUCACGGUCUAUCAGGCUACCCGCGGCACAAUCUCCAAUUUCCUCAUCGAGGCGCCGCCGUUCUGGUGUAACUGCGUCGCGGAGUCGAGCGACAUCGUCUAUGAUGGCAUGCUGUGCAAUGCGACGAACACGAACCCGGAGUUCUAUGGCCAAAACAUCGUUCCUAACACUGAUGGGAUCGACACCUAUAGGGUUGAUAAUUUAGUUUUGCGGAACUUCGACAUUACGACUGGUGAUGACUGCAUUGCCGUGAAGGGCAACACGACGAAUAUGCUGGCUAGCAACAUUACGUGUCGUGGCGGAAACGGUAUUGCCUAUGGCUCGCUGGGGCAGUACGUCGACUUGCCAGAUUACGUAGAGAAUGUCACAAUGACAGACCUACACGUUUUACGCAUCAAUCCUGAGAUCCAGCCAAACAUGGGAAGCGGGGUUUACUUCAAAUCUUGGGAUGGCACAGUCAACGGAUCGCCUCCUGAUAAUGGAGGUGGAGGUCUAGGUUAUGUCAAGAAUGUGGUUAUUCGUGAUGCUUUCCUGGAUAACGUCACUACACCCAUUGCUUUGUACCAGACAAACGGGGCGCAAUCGGGCGAUGCCCCGUCAAAGUAUCAAUUUGCGAACUUGACGCUCUUGAGCUUCACGGGGACGUAUCAAAAGAACCCCCUUGUCGAUAUCGCAUGCAGCCCCGCUGCGCCGUGUCCGGAUCUCACCUUCGAGAACAUUAACGUUACACUGCUUUCGGGUGGAACACCGGCGUACGAGUGCGAAAACGUACUAAGCCAGACAGGUCUCCCGGUAACCUGCAAUUCCACGGUCAGCAGUAGCUGA